AUGGAGAUCGAGGGCGAGCGCCUGCCCAUCAGCGUCAACCCCCCCUCAGUGCAGAAGCUCGAGGUGUUUGGACGUGCGCUGGUGGGCUGCCCCUUGUCGGCAAUUCUUCGAUGUGAAUUUUGUGACCCUGCGUCCUUCACGCUUCGCUGGCUCACCCAGGUCUCCGCCGGGGUGGCCGGCAGUGUGGAGCUUGGCCAAGGCAACACGCUGUGGGUACCAGAGGCUUCGAAGGGCCGUACGUUGAGCAUAGAGGCAGAGCCCGAUCCCAGCAUACCUCUCACAGCGUCAGGCCCUGAGCACAUGGGACUCACGGACUCACCGGGAUUUGCGCUCCAAAGGAGGAUUGAGGAUUGGCAUUGUGGAGGAGGCUGCUGGCGGCACUACUCCCGUCUGCACUUGCAGGGAUGGCAGCUUUGCAUCGACUGGUUGCUUUUGCCGGCAAAUGACCUCGAGCUGACCGUUCCUGGAAUUUCGCCCAAGACGCCGGCAACGUCGAAGAGCACGAAUGUCUCCACUCCUCUAUCCAUCGGUGAGCUUUUGAGCUUUAUGCUGCCGGACAGCGCCAGCGAGUCGAGUGCUAGUGGAUCGGAUGAGGACCCCGAGACACCCAAGCCCCGCGAGAUCGUCGCACGGCAAGAGGUGAAGCAGGAGAUGUGCAGACGCUGGGCUCCAGUGCGGGUCAGUUCACCACGUGUGACGUCCCUACCGGGGCAGUGUUCCUCUCCGGUACGCUCGAUCUCUGGCGCGAGUCCCAUCCACGCACCGCAGAAGGUGUUCUGGAAGGAGGGCGCAAGCGGCUCACCCCAGGCAGCCAAAGGCGGCGCGCGCCCGCAAGGCACCUGGAGCUUUCCCAAGGAGGCAUUGAACGAGGAGCUGCAGCGGGUGUUGGCUCAACUCAGGAGUUUAGAGGCCCACGAGAGGUCCACUGCUCUGCAGCGCUUUCUGGAUGAGUUGCAGUCUCGUGCCCAAAGGGAGCUGUCCAACUGGAGGGGCCCAUUUCUCUCCAAGGAGGACCGGUUUCCAUACUGGCAACACAAUGUGUCGCGGCAGACCUCCAGGACGAGCCCACAGUCCGAGUGGGAGGACCAGCUGCAAUCCUCGCAAAGGACUCUCUGCCGCGAACUUUCCCUGGAGCUGCCGCACUGCCGCGGCUCCGAGUUCAAGGAAGCGGCCAGGAAGGUUUUGGCCGUGCAGCACUUUAGGCGGAUGAUGGAGUUUCCGCAGCGGAGUUAUCUGAAAGAUCAGGAUCUUCCAGCGAGUGUCAUCGAGCAGAUUGAUUUGGACAUUCCCCGCACUGCCGGCAACGAGCCGGAGCUGAGAAGCUGCCUGGGGGUCACCCGGGCGCUGCUGCUGAGGCAAGCGGCCGAGGACCCUGAGCUCGGAUACUGCCAGGGCAUGAACAUGGUCGCGGCUCUCUUUGCGGUUGCAGCGCAAACUCCAGAAGAGGCCUUCACGCGCUUCCGGGGCUUUGUGAGCAAGUUCCGGGGCCUUUGGCAACCAGGCUUCCCCCUUCUGCAGCAGGGCAUGGGCAUCUUUGAGACACUGGCGGCAGACCGGCCGUGGUUUCAGCAUUUGAACAGGAACGGGGUGGAGGCGGACAUGUAUCUCCCCCGCGCCUGGCUUGGUCUCUUCACCUCCUGGCUGCCGCUGGCCACUCGCGUCAUCUUACUGCGCGACUUCGAGGAAGGCGACUUGCAAUCCAUCAUGGCUGUGACCAUGGCAGUAUUGGACCACGUGGGGAGCUCACUCCUGGCAGAAGGCGAUGACAUGGAUGAGUUGCUGACAGUCUUGGAGCAUAUCAAGGAGAGCCCGCCGCAUCCGGCUGCGCUGAUCACAGCUCGAGAUGCGUGGCUCCCGGCUGUUUCAGCAAGGAGAUCCAGAAAGAGCUGCUGGCAGUCACUGCGCAGAGAUGGCUCGAGAGUGCUGGAUGGCCAUGGCCGGGAGGCACUCUUCUGGGACUUUCGACCACGGAGACUAUCAGCCAUCGCAGGCAGAGCCCUGCUGAGAUUCUCCCUCAAGGACUUUGGCCGACACCACUGA